GGCAUGCGCACUGGGCGUCAUCGCGCCGCCGCCUGUCAGCUGAGAAUUGCCUCCCAGGGCUGAGCGGCCUGUGGGUGUCUGUGACCGCAGACGGAGGAGGAAACCGAGGAGGUGACUGCCUGGAAACCUGCAUAACCUACCAGCAUCUGAUGAAAUUGGCGAGUCGGCAAGCCAGCCAUGUCUUACACUCCAGGGAUUGGUGGGGACCCUGCCCAACUGGCCCAGCGCAUCUCUUCCAACAUCCAGAAGAUCACGCAGAGUUCUGUGGAAAUACAAAGGACACUGAAUCAACUUGGAACACCGCAGGAUUCACCUGAAUUGAGGCAACAGCUGCAGCAGAAGCAGCAGUAUACUAACCAACUUGCCAAAGAAACAGAUAAGUACAUUAAAGAGUUUGGAUCUCUGCCCACCACCCCCAGUGACCAGCGACAAAGGAAAAUACAGAAGGAUCGCUUAGUGGCCGAAUUCACAACAGCACUGACGAACUUUCAGAAGGUCCAGAGGCAAGCUGCUGAGAGAGAGAAAGAAUUUGUUGCUCGAGUAAGAGCCAGUUCCAGAGUGUCUGGCGGUUUUCCUGAGGACAACUCAAAGGAAAGGAAUCUUGUAUCCUGGGAAAGCCAAACACAGUCUCAAGUGCAAGUGCAGGAUGAUGAGAUUACAGAAGAUGACCUCCGCCUUAUUCACGAGAGAGAGUCUUCUAUCAGGCAGCUUGAAGCUGAUAUUAUGGAUAUUAAUGAAAUAUUUAAACAUUUAGGAACGAUGAUUCAUGAACAAGGAGAUGUGAUAGACAGCAUAGAAGCCAACGUAGAAAGUGCAGAAGUCCACGUUCAGCAGGCAAAUCAGCAGCUGUCCAGGGCCGCAAAUUACCAGCGCAAAUCCAGGAAAACCCUCUGCAUCAUCAUUUUUGUCCUUGUCAUUGCUGUUGUGAUUGUCGUUCUCAUCAUAUGGGGACUAAAAGGCUAAAGUUACAGAGGACCACACCGCUGCACUCCGUUGUCUAGGUUAUGUAGAAAGAUGCCUGUAAUCAUGUUGUUAUUAUUAUCUGGGGUUCCUUUGGAUUAAAUUUGGUAUUUUCUAAUACUGAAAGUUUUUCUAAGUAUCAUUGCUAACAUAACUGUCAAGCUUUUUAAUUUAAUAACUGUAGGGUUUCUGCCCACAUUGCACAUGCCUUUCAUCUAGAAUUUAUUUACUUGUUUGACUUUGGAAAUUAGUAAACUUAAAGAUAUGCUUGUUCUGUGCACAUCUCUCUGUCACCGUAUAACGUGCACCAGAUUUAUGUUAUGUCAGUUAAAAUCUAAUUUUGAUUAGGGCCAGCAGAAAAAAUAUUUUCAGUAAUUUAAAAAAUUAGCAUAUCUGUCUGUAUUUAUUUUUCAGCUCACAGUAGCACAAAUUAUCUGUUUCAUUUUUAUUGUUGCAUUUCUUUUAAGACCCUUGUUUUCUCUGAAUAAAAUCAAUGAAUAAUUUCUGGGCAUAUCAUGUGCUUCUGAUGUGUAUAUAUUAAGCAUUUGUAGUCGAUUGCCGAGUAAAAAUAGUAAGGCUAGAUUGUUCUUAUGUAUGGGCCAUUGAAGUCUGAUAUUUACUAGGAGAAGUGUAGAUACUAUAAAUGUUUUAAUGUAAUUUGGAGGAAGAAUAUAAAAACUCCAUACUGAUUUCUAUUCUGUUUGGAUUCUAGAGUCCAACUUGCUAUUCCACUGAACUAUCUUAACAGUACCAUCUGGUUUUGUGGGCCAUUAUUGACUUUCCCUUAUGCUUAAAAAAUAAUGACUACGUAUGUAUCUUUGGUCAGAUUUACUUUUAGGAAGUAACUUUCCCACAAUUAUUGUUUUUGAGCACCUAAUACUUAAAAUGUAUUGUUUACAUUUGAUGCCAUUCUGUACCAUCCUUCAUUAGAAAAGAAACUGGAUGUUUGCCAAUUAACUCACUUGCCUUUUUAAAUCACAGUUGUUUUAAUGCACUAAUCUGAAUACUGUAAAGGGAAUUAUCUUAGUUUGUAGUUUGUAUUUUAUAAUGUUCUUAUACAGCAGUUUGGUAGUGAAGGCAUGGUUGAAGCUCUGAGACUUCAAAUGGGAACAAAUGAAAUAUUAAGUAAAUAAAUUGUAUCCUUGCACCCAAAGUAAAGAAGCUUUAAAAGGUGUCUGGAUAGGUCUGUUUCCUGAGAACGAGGGGGUCCUGGCACCAGUGCUCACUUCACCUUUUCAGUGCUGAGCUAAAUGUCGCUGUGUGCACUAUGGUUGUACAUUGUGCAUCCAUUUGAAUCACCAGGCUGCUCAAAGUCUUUAUUUUGGGAAUCUUUAACAGUUUUGUCAUUAACAAGUAGAAACUGCUUUGUUUGCCAACAAAACUUUUUUUUUUCCAAAAUGGACAUUAAAAAACAUUUUUUGUGAGUCGAAACUGUGUUGCCAGAGCAAGGCAGCUGUAGAAAACAGAAGGGGCAGUGCGCAGAGAAUUCAUACAAAUACCGCCUGGCCCAGCAGGCCUGCUCAGACAUAGUCUUUCCUUGUGAGUUUUUAAUGCAACUUGCUGGCAUCUUCUGGCUUCAUACCAGGUACCAGUGGUAUCCACAAAUCAGUUCAGUUUUUCCCCCACAGCUCUACUUCAUAAAAUGUUUAGUCUCAUACAGGCCGAGUGCAUUUAGUUCUGUUUAUUUCACAGUGAAUUCCCGCUAACAACAAAAGCACUGGAAAGAAUACCUUUGGCAUUUAAGUGCCUUUAUUGGAAAUACAAACAUUUAUAAAUUAACUGGGAUACCAAUUGAUGACUUAAAGAGGAACUUUAAUGGUUUGCAUUCUUUUGAGCAGCAUUAAUUUCGAGACAAAAAUGCACACAAAAUAUUUGGAACACAAAAUGAAUAGUUUUGAAUGAAAAAGAAUAGCCAAAUUUUUUUAAAUACUGAAGUUUUCCUUUAGGUCAUUUUUAGAAUUGCUUUGAAACAUGCAGUUCUCACUAUGGGAGAUAAAAUGUAGAUUUUUCAUGACUGGACAGUGUGUCUGAAUUUGUUUGAUUCAAAUUGAAGAACUUUCCCAUCACAUGUUUACUUCAUUAUGCUCAAAAGAGGUCCUUGAACAACACAGAUGAAGAUUAGCUAGGACAAGUGAGAUUAUCUGGCUGUUGUGCUGGUUAUUAAAUAUUUUGAAAGUGUUUCAGCUUUGCACCUUGAUGGACAGUAAAAAAAAUAACUGGUGCCAUUUUGAUAGAGGGUGACAUUCUUCAUUCGGCCUGGGAUGCUCUAUAAAAUAAGUAUGUGUACGGACACAGAUGGAGCCUCGCCACAGACAGACCAUGGACGCAGCCUCUGGAGUUGGGCCCACCAACACGGCGUGUGUGUCACCGUCUGCACUGGGGACCAGCAACACUGUGCCUGGAGCAGCCUGCCACUGGACCAUUCAGUGUCUUCACUGCUUUUGUUAAAAAUGGUAAAAUCUUGUGUGCAAGAUGUUGUGUUUGAACACUAGUCUUUUUAGACAAAUCUAUAAUGAAAAUAAAAGUGACUUUGAAGGCUUCCUA